CCUCGUCCAUCCGAGCGAAUUGUUUGGUAUUCGUUGUUUCGUGUUCGCUUGUUUGCGGCGGCCACAUGGUCGUUUUGUCAACAGUCCCGUUCUGCAUUUGAGUAAUUUGUGUAACUAAUAAAUAGUCGACGAGGACGUUCGUUCAGGAAGAAUGUCGCAGCUGUUCGUUUUGUACGAGCAUGCCGCUGGGUACGGCGUGUUCGAGGUGCUCGAGUUCGAAGAGAUCGGACUUAUGGUGCCCUCGAUCGAGGAGUCGAUCAAGGAGUUGAGCCGUUUCAAGAGCGUCGUCAAGCUGACCGGAUUCUCUCCGUUCAAGACGGCCGUCACCGCUCUGGAGAACAUCAACGCCGUAUCCGAAGGCAUCGUCACCGAGGAACUGCAGCAGUUCCUCGACAUCACCGUGCCCAAGGGCAAGAAAAAGAAGACCGUCACCUUGGGCGUCGCAGAUGCCAAGCUGGGUGCGGCCAUCACCGAGGCCCUCGCCAUCCAGUGCAAUCACACUGGCUCAGUGCCCGAGAUCAUCAGGGGCAUCAGGAACUACUUUCCGAAUCUGGUCAAGGGUUUCACCAAUCAGAGCGCCGGAGUUGCUCAAUUGGGUCUCGGCCAUUCCUAUUCCAGGGCUAAAGUCAAGUUCAACGUUAACCGUGUUGACAACAUGAUCAUUCAGAGCAUAGCUCUCCUCGAUCAGUUGGACAAGGACGUCAAUACAUUCUCUAUGCGUAUACGCGAGUGGUAUUCGUACCAUUUCCCGGAACUCAUCAAAAUCGUACCCGACAACUACACGUUCGCGAGAUGCGCGAAAUUCAUUAAGAAUCGCAAAGAGAUGAGCGAGGAUUCGUUGGCCGGACUCGAGGAGAUCACUAUGGACUCUGGUAAGGCGCAGGCGAUCCUGGAUGCGUCCAGGUCGUCUAUGGGCAUGGACAUCAGCGUCGUUGAUCUGUUGAACAUCGAGAUGUUCGCUACGAGGGUCAUCUCGUUGGCAGACUACAGAAAAGAGUUGGUCGAGUAUUUGCACAGCAAGAUGUCGUGCAUCGCCCCGAACCUUGCAACCCUCGUCGGCGAUCAGGUGGGCGCGAGGCUCAUCUCGCACGCCGGAUCUCUCACCAAUCUGGCCAAGCAUCCGGCCUCCACCGUUCAGAUUCUCGGUGCCGAGAAGGCCCUCUUCAGAGCUCUGAAGACCAGGAGCAAUACGCCCAAGUACGGUCUACUCUUCCACUCGACGUUCAUCGCGCGCGCCGGCGCCCGCAACAAGGGACGCAUUUCCCGUUAUCUGGCGAACAAAUGCUCGAUCGCCACCAGGAUCGAUUGCUUCAACGAGACAUCGAGUUCGGUGUUUGGGGAGAAACUCAGGCAACAGGUCGAGGAUCGCCUCAAGUUCUACGAGACUGGCGACGUACCCAAGAAGAAUCUGGAGGUGAUGAAGGAGGCGCUCGAGGAAUUCGAGCAGCAGCAGUCGCAGCAGAUGGAUCAAUCUGUCAACGGCGGCGGCAGCAGCGAGAAGAAGAAGAAAAAGAAGCGCAAGUCCGAAGGGACGAACGGCAAUUCCCUGACCGAAGCCAACGGGGGUGGAGGAGACGACGACAGCAAGGACGAGCCGGUGACGAAGAAGAAAAAGAAGAGUAAAAAGAGUGCAAACUAAUUGAGAAACCUGGGAAUGUUGGAUGUUGUGCUGUCGCAUCUCCUUCUUCCCAAAUACAAAUACAUAAUUAGGUUUACAGUCAAAAGUAGGUAGAGUCUUCUAUUCUAUUCGUUAUAAUUAUUAAUUACGACCAGCGGUAAAGAGAAGCGCCGACAACAACAACAAUAAAUCAAUAAAAAACAUGAACAUUUCGAAUUUUGUAGGAGAAAAUAUAUAUAUAUGUAUGUAUGUAUGUUAUGUAUUAAUAUUAUUAUUAUGAUGAUGGUACAACAACAACCAUCAUCACCAAUCAAAUCAAUCGGUUACAGCGAUCUAUAAUAAUAAUAGAUAAAUCUUAUUUU